AUGAGUAACGACGCGUCGACGCCCGAUGGGAGAUCGCCCGCGCAUCGCGCGCAAGGUGGGUUCGCGAACUCUUUCGCGUCGCCGCGCGCUCAAUCCGACGGAAGAUGGCUCGAGAGCGAGAACGGACGAUCUAUGGAUGGUGGGGCGUCGUUGAGGAGCGCGAAUGGUGGGCGAAACGCCGAUGGGACGCCGCGAGCGCAAAAGUUUUCCUCUUUGCUCUUCGCGUCGCCCAACCGGGACGCGCAGCAGGGCGCCGGGUUGUAUCGAACGGAGAGCCUGACCGGGGGUGGGAACUCCACGCCGAGAACGAGCGGAGGGACGAAUCGGUACUUUGGCGGCGGGGCGGGGGCGAGCGUGAAUCGGGGGAAGUUGGAGGAGCGCGCGACGCCGACGCCGGCGCCGGUGAUCGGCGGCGCGAGCGCGCGAGGGACGCCGCUUUUCACGCGAACGGAGACGGGUGGUGGGGACGAUCACACCCCUGGAUUCUUGCGAAGAGCUAUCGAGAAGACGCAGGCAGAGAACGCUCGAGGGAGCGACGCGCGCGCUGGGGAGGAGGCGGUGAGCGCGUGGUUGGGUUCAAACGCGACAAAGUCGAGCGCUCCAUCGACGACCAACGCCGCAUUCACAGCGAGCGCGGCGCUGAAUGACGCAGAGGCCGAGCACUGGGUCACCGUGUACGGUUUCUCGAAGGAUGAGAAGUCAAUCGUCCUCCGCGAGUUCCAACGCGACGGUGAUAUUGUCAACUUUGGCUCGUUUGACGAGAGCGGGCGAGGGGUGAACUGGCUCCACGUCAGGUUCGCGGCCAAAGAGAGCGCCCGUCGCGCGCUGCGCAGGAACGGUCAAAACAUUAGCGGAAUCAUGGUCGGCGUCAAGGAGUUGGAUGCCAAGGCGAAGAUGGACAUCGGUUCGGGCGCGUCCGGGGAGGGUCGUUUGUCGCGAAACUCCUCGGUUCGCCGCGUGGCGCCGAUUCGCGAUGGCGUCGCGCUUCAACAGCGCCAGCGAACGACGUGGGACAAGGUCUUGCAGUUCGUCUUCGGCGCGUGA